AUGGCGAAGGAGUCAAUUGAGGCAGUUAUAGAACAAUUGACGUACACCAAGGGUGUACUUGGUGUUGUUGUAUGCACGGCGGAUGGUGUCCCUAUUCGUGAUAGCUUUCAGAGCCUCGACCGCUCUGUUGCGGUGGCCUAUGCUGAGAUGGCAGCGGAAUGCUGCCGUGGGGCUUCGGCCUUGUUUGCUAGCACUAUCGUGAAGCGUAAUACCUCAUUGAAACCAUCUUUUCCAACAAAAGAAGACAGUAUAGUUGAAAGUCCAAACAACACGAAUCUGGGAAAGCAGCAACCACCAACAGAUGCACCUAUUAGGGAGAGUUCACUAGAGCUGCUCCGCAUCCGCACACGGAUGAAUGAUGUUAUAAUCCAGUGCCACGAGGAGUUUCUUCUUGUAAUAGUACAGGAACCAAUGUAAUAAGGAAUAGAGCACAAAGAAGAUCAUCUUUCCUUAUUAUUAGUAUGACGUGCACAUCGCUGUUUGUAUCGUUGUUAUCGCCACCAAUAACCUUCAAUUUAUGCACAUGUGUACUUCUGCAUCGCUCUCCAAUUUCUUAUGUAAACUUUGGAGUAAGACUGGUGCGCAGCUUUCAUUAGGUAUGUCAUU